AACACAGAAGCAUGAAAGAGGCGAGGCGGGGUUUCGCCGCAUCAGCCUAGGCUGAGCUCUGUGUGCAUGUUCUUUGACAGGCUUUGUCAUCGCAUUCUACGGGUUACGUCGACAGCCAAAUAUUAAGAGGGGGAGAUGGCCGAGGAUAUAAAAAUUCUGAAUGAGGAAGAGUAUGUUGGAGAUAUCAAAGGAGGACUGAGACCGACUAUGAGGCUGACGGUGAUGGGCAUUGUUCAUAAAAAUGCUAAGAGAAUGGUGGUGUCUGUGGCCUGUCAAUCCGAGGAGGACAAAGAGGGAGAUGUUGGCCUCCAGGUGACCAUCAGCUUCGGGGAGAAGGCUGUGCUGAGGAAUGCCCGGCUGGAAGGCAAAUGGGGUUCCUCUGAGUAUGCCCUGUCUUACUUCCCCUUCACAGCAGGAGAGCCAUUUAAGAUGGAGAUUUUGUGUGAGCACCAGCAGUUCCGCAUCCUGGUGGACGGUCAGCCCCUGUGUGGAUUCACCCACCGUCUGAAGCACCUAGCGUCCCUCAAUUCUUUGCGGAUCAUGGGAGACUUGCAGCUCACUAAAGUGGCUUGAAGAAAAUGCCCCGAGAGAUAGUGCAGCUUGGAUACCUGCAGUCCUUGGCCCCAAUAUUGUGUGAGAUGAAAUGAGAUGAAUAGCAGCCCCAUAGUUGUUUUUGGUUUCCAUGGCACCCGUGAUAUUAUACAUGAGCAAAGUGCCUUCAUAUGAUACUGUACUUUGGUCUGACUAAUGUACACAGAUGGUAGGCUGAGAUGUAGUCAUUGAAAAUGUGAAAUAGAUUCCCUAGGGUGAAUCUUUAAACAGUAGCUAGCACAAGAUUUUGUUUUAGAUGGUGAAGAGUGCUUUGUCUGAUGUAAUGUUUCUGAGCAUAUAUAUAUAUACCUAUGAUGCACAGAAAUGUUUUUCUUUUCAUGUCAUUUAAUGACAAUACUUGUUUACCAUAGAAAAUAAUACUUUAAAUAAUACCUCUCCCAAUAAUAGAUAAAAUAAAUUCCAGCGCAUUAAUGAAUUCAAUUGAAUGUACAGCAUUUGCCUUAUCAUUUGACCAACCAAAUGGCAAGUCUGACACGAUGACAAGAAUGAUGCUUUGAUAGUGAGUAGAAAAUAGCCUGCAAAGUUUUUUUUUUUAACUUAAGAUUGUAAGAUCCGAAGUGCUGAAUGUCAGGCAUUAUUGGUGCUAUAAUCCAUAUUCUGCUGCAGCAAGUCAUAUGUAAAAUGUAAUCACUGAAUGUUAUUUCUUGUAUUGGCUCAUUCAUUUUGUACGUACAGAGCUGAGUGGAAUGACAUUGUAAUCAUACUGAAAUGAGCAAAUAUAUCUCAAACUUUUUUCCAAA